AGCUGUAGCUUAUUGUAAUCCUCAGUCAUCAUCAUUUCAUUGAUGUUUUCUCUCCUCUUUAAGGUUUUACUCCUUGGACUUGGAUUUUGUGAGCUGCCGAUGUCACAUUUGACAUCCAGUGUUUGGAUGCUACAGAGGUGCACAAAGAGCUGAGCGAAUGAAGAACUUUUAACACUGCAAUUAGCGCACCUCUCGUGACUGUAGACACUUUGGAUUCAUUAGUUUGCUGUUGAGGGACCAUUCAGCAAUGCGGGGGUGUUUUUUGUAAUGUCUGACUCAUUUAGGUUGUUUCUUUAUCUCGAGACUGCUGGAGAAGGAAUUUUCUUUUUUUUAUUCUCUUUUUGCUCCACCUGCAUGUUUUUAGUCUGUAGACGAUGUGGACACUUUUCUGGAGUGUGAUAUUUUUAUAGUAAGCGUGAAGUUUGGAGAAGCAAAGUGAGACAAAGCAUGGCUGAUGGAACCACAGCUAAGUGUUAAACCUUUCGGACCAAGAAGGCAGUCCAGGCAUGACAACAAUGUCCAUGGAGCCUGUAGGAGUCCUAGUGGAAAGGACCGCCAAUGCGACCGACCCCCCUCUGAGCUCGCAUGAGGAUAUGGCCGCUACCUUUACCAUUGGUACCAUCCUCUCCAUCAUGUGCCUUGUCGGAGUCUCAGGGAACAUUUACACCCUUGUGGUCAUGUGCCACUCCAUGAGGACUGCAGCUUCAAUGUACAUCUACAUUAUAAACUUAGCUCUGGCCGACUUGCUGUAUCUUCUCACCAUCCCCUUCGUGGUCUGCACACACUUUUUAAAAGGAUGGUACUUUGGAGAUGCAGGAUGUCGGAUACUGAUCAGCAUGGACUUCCUGACCAUGCAUGCCAGCAUCUUUACGCUAACAAUCAUGAGCACAGAGCGUUAUUUUGCUGUGCUCAAGCCGCUUGACACUGUAAAGCGGUCUAAAAGUUACAGGAAGGCUAUUGCUCUGCUGGUCUGGGCAGCCUCUCUAAUUCUCACCCUGCCAAUGAUCAUUAGCAUCAAGCUAACACCAGUGGGCACCAAAGCAAUGUGUCAGCCCACCUUAACACCACUGUCUUACAAGAUUUACAUCUCCUUCCUGUUUUGCACAAGCAUUGUUGCCCCAGGACUGAUCAUUGGCUAUCUUUACAUCCAGCUAGCGCGAACGUACUGGAUUUCACAAACGGAAACUUUCAAACAGACCAAGAAACUACCUAAUCAAAAGGUGCUGUACCUGAUUUUCACCAUUGUGCUCCUCUUCUGGGCAUGUUUCCUGCCUUUCUGGAUCUGGCAGCUGCUAGGUCAGUUCUACCCCGCACUGUCCCUCUCCACUAAAGCCAAACGCAACAUCAACUACCUGACCACAUGCCUGACGUACUCCAACAGCUGCAUCAACCCAUUCCUUUACACGCUGCUCACCAAGAACUACAAAGAAUACCUGAGGAAGCACAAGCGGUCGUGGACAGCGGGCAAUUACUUCAGCCGGCGGAGUCGUUUUCAGCGCUCACCACGCAGGUCCCCAUCGGCCAGCAGUCAGCAAUGUACUGAGAGCUUCAUGCUAAUGCACACGGCCUCGCUGCGAGCUCAUAACAGCAGUUUGUGAGGUAACACUGAGCUGAAGAGGAGGAAGGAGGAACAAAUAGAAACAGACCCAGAGCUUCUCAUCAGCUGUGAGAGAGAGCAAUGAAGACCCAAAGUUUCAGCUUAUAUUUGCGUUUCAGUGUGUGAGAAGCUUUUUGUCCAUGCCAGCAGGACCUGAAUGACAAAUGGCAGAUUACAGCGGUUUGACUCCAUGUACAAAACCGCUCGCAUUUAUUACUCAUUAGAGAACUUCCUGUGGCAUGAACAGAGGUCAUGGUCCAUACAUUAUAAACAGAGGCAUUUAAACUUCUGUGAUUGUCUCUGUUGUUUGCUGUCUGUACACUUUGUGUUGUAAUGAGUCAACCUGCAUGCAAAAGUGUUGUUGAAGCUCUCCUUACACAAUGGAGAAAUCAUGCUGUUGAUUCACAAGAGAUAUAAAGUCAUUAUUGAUGCAUUUUGUUACAUCAAUAGUUAAAUUGUAUUUUUUCUUAAAGGGAAAUCAAUUGUCAUUAUAGUUAAACUGACAUGGAAAGAAAAUCCGACACCCUCAGCUGCAGUUAAGUGACAGGAGACAUAAAUAUUUGAAAAAAUGAGGACAAAACAGUCAUUUCCUUUUAAUUUAUACAUAUAUAUUUAAUAAAUAGAAGGAUGCAAUAAAUCCUUCCCAAAUAUCACAUGGACUGCAAAAGCCAUAACAAUGAUCUUUCUGUACCACAAACUCUGAGACUCAAAAACUAUUAAAAGCACAUUGAGUCACACAGUUACAGUAAAUGACUGGAUGUGUCUUUAUUACAUAAAGGAUGCACAUAAAAAAAAAGCCCUAACAAAUGCACAGUGUUGCAUAAAUGGUAAAAACUUCUCAGUGAAGAUGUCUGGUAAAAUAUAUGGUUUGUGUAAGAUGGAAAUUGGGAAGAAAACGUUUCAAAGUUUUAAAGCUUAAAAAGGAAAAUAGACAGUUGGUUUUGCUCUCUCCACAGAAACUAAAUGAAAAAACAAAAGAAAACUGCUUUAGAUUCACAGAGGGAUUUACAAAUGUCUGAUUUUCUUUGCAUGUCAGUACUGUUUUGUGAUGCUUCUGAGCAUCAGAUUCUACAAAAUUCUCUGUAAAUACUGCAAAUGCAAACAGCACCUUUUUUUGAGAGUUGCUUCAGGUUUAUUUGGCACCUUUGAUGUUGCUGUUGUCAUCCCAGGCCAGUUUGAUCAUCAUAGCAUAGAAUAGAUACAAAGAGCGUUAGCAGAGCUGCUGCUCAGAGCCAAGCUGUUACAUCUCUAUUGAUUUAUCUCCCAGAGUAACAGAAGACAAGCUGCAAUCUUUGCCUGGUUGAUCCAUCUUUAGUUAAUCUAUCCUCUGAAGAAAUCUUGGUCUUUUGGAUGUUUUAUAUGCAGGAGAACAGAAAUAAAAGAAAUUUGCACAAAUAUCACAGAGGGAUGGCGAGCUGUGCAAAAGGCUUAUGUAGAUGGAGCCUACUGGGUUUGCACACAUGUAACUGUAUAUAGACUCACGAGAAAUCAACAAUGGUUAUGCUAAUAAGCAGUCGGGUAAAGCCAGAUUUUAUACCCUGAGAUUGAAUCUGCCAGGUCACAAAUAAACGUAUUUACUGGCCACAGAUGGCUUUGUGAGCAAGCCAGGGUUUGUUUGCUUUCUCUGCUGUUUGACCGAGCCGUAGGUUACUUGAAACACAAGAGAAGGAAGUGAUAAUCCCAACACGGUCAAACGGGACAGGCUCCAUUCCUGCAUAUCCUUUCAGCGAGAGCUGAAAUUACAUGUUUGACUUUUCACCUUCAGCAGCACACACAGCUUAUUUGUUGUUCCUGCAAUGUCCAAGUUUCACAUUAUUAUUCAUGGAAAGAUUUGGAGACAUUUUUAAUACCAAAUAUGUUUGGACUGUAAUUAUAAACCACUGCAUUCCCGCACUGCAGAGUUUAAGCAAUGACGUUGUGAACAGUGGACUGCGGUAAAAACUCUGCAGAACUUAACAAGCUGCACAUAACGCAGGCAUUUGUAUUGAUUCAGCUGCAGCUGCAUCUAAGUCAAUAUCUACUUAAAUCAUACAUAAAGAGCCUCUUCAUAAACUUUUCAUAUCAAACUCAGUUGAUUUUUUUAUGCCCAGAAAAUGAAAACAGCUGAUCUUCUGUUAAAGGGAAUUUUCUAAAAGUCUGGAAAAAUAAAUGUCAUUCCAUGGGUAUUAUCCCGGUUUGGUACAGAAUAAUAAAACAAUGGCGACACACUUGGUUUACGUCUAAAUUUACCAUGGAGAAAUAAACUAAUUGAAAUUGGAAGAUGCAACAUUGAUGGGACUAAAGGAUAUCUGGGCCCCUGCUGCUUAAGAUUUAUUUUUUAUUUUUAAAUGACAGAACUCUCUAACUUAAUGUAGCACAAAAUUAUCAAUUAUGGACCAAAAUAACAAACAAUACUGUAUCAUAUUUAGAUUCAUCAUCUCAGGCAUUGUUAUUGUGAUCGAAACCAGUCAUUCAGUCUGCCAAUUAAUAUUCAACCAGUUUAUAAAAUUGAAUCAAAAUGCAGCACACUAAAUAUAUUAUUUUGGUGGGAAAAAAAAAAAAAGAAAAAACAGAAAAUGUGGUGUUUACUUUAAGAAAAGGGCAAUCAUGACCAGAACCACCAUCCCUGCAAAAACAAGACCAAUAUUUUCUCAGUGUGACAAGUAAGUUUAUUCACCACCUGCUGAACUAGUACCACCUCAAUGAUCAUGAAGAAUGGUACAAAAUAUCUGACAUGUGGACAUUUUUAAACUAAUUUUGAUCUUCUGCUGAUAAAAAUAUUGGAUUGUUAGACCUAUUCUGUGUGAAAAUUGCAAAUUAUUUCUACUCAUACUGUGAUGGACUUAAAACCCCUUCAGUUUAAAUUUGAAACAAACUAUUUAUUUAAAAAAAACCAUUUAGACACAACUGUAGGAUUUAAUCUAUACUUUUAAGCAAUAAUCCUGAAAUUAGCUAAUGCCAGGCAAAAUUUGACCUAUCAAAGUAGAUUUUUCUUUUUUCUUUAUUUUUUUUUUUUUUUAGCCACUUAUGAUUCAUUUUAAACCUUUUGUUGAUAUCAAUGACUUGCCGAUAUGACUGUGCAUCUCUAUUCCCAACUUUUAUUGCAUAUUCAGAUUAUGAAGGGACUUUUGGGUACAAGGUUUCAUGUGAUGUCAAUGAAAAGCCUUAAUAAGUUUUUUAAAGAAGUAGGAAGAAAAUUGGAAACUAAUAGCAAGCAUGCAUCUUUUUCUAGAUAACUAAUGUUUGUCCAUGUAAAAUCCAGCCAAGUGAUCCAGUCAUAAUGUGUUUGAAUGCAUCUUAAUAUUUAGAACUAGAGGGACACUUUUCACCAGCGAUUAAACACUUAAACCCUUUACAUUAAUUAGAAAUUCCCUCACACCCACUAAGACCUGAGUUAAUUUUUUAAUGAGAAAAUGUUUAAUCAAUAGCCUAUCCAGUGGUCAGUGACUCCAACUGGAGUCACAGCCAAUACGUAACUAAUUACUUGGUUAUUUAAUGAUUAAGUGCUUAUAUUCUCUUCCUCAAACCUGCAUUGUUGGGGACACAACACCUGGGUGGACACAUGCUUCAAUGAGGUGCUGAAUUCUUGACUUUUUCCAUUUCAUUAACAGGUUUAAGCAACAUCAGUGACUUCCAGACAACUAUAGUAAUUAACUUCUCAAAUGUCCAUACUAUGUUACGUCAGGCUUGUCAGAAAUUGUUGCACUUUCACUCAUUAAAUUUAGUGGUAAUUACUCCAGUUCUGCAUCUUUUAGCUCACUGGCAGUGGGAAAAGAUUCAACUGGUUUGUUUAAUGGGUGUUGAAUAAAACCUAAAAUUUUAUUUAACUUAUUCUAGUGUAUAAUGGUAAAAGAGCCCAAAGGAGCCAGAGUAAAGCAUAGAGUUUUUAAAUAAUUUGGCAGUAUGUUAAACCCUUUGCAUUACAGAUUUCCUUUGAUCAUCAUCAGCGUUAUCUAUACAGUAAUUAUCUGUAAAUCCACUCCCAUUCAAAGCUAAAUAUCUGAAGUCUUUUCAAAUGCAUAUCACCUUUAAUUAAUAUAUUAUAUUAAAUAUAUAUCUAACAAAUCAAAGUUGGAAUACAGGGUUCAAAAAAUACGUUUCAAAUGCAUGUUGAUGUAGCCAAAUGAUAAUUUCAUCUUGUGAAUUAUUAUACUUGUAACAGAUCAUGGUUUAUGCAUCGUGCCAGUCUCCUCCUGCCCAUGUGGAGUAUGAUGAAAUAACUGAUCACAGGCACACACAGUCCAGCCGGGUUUUCUCUGCCCUUUGCUGAUGUUGGAUUUAAAUUUAAGUGCAUUCUCUCUGUGAGUGACACAGAACAUGGACGUUCAGUAAAGUACAGAGCAAAACUGUGGCUGUGGUUGUGUUAUCCUCUGUCUGUGGAAGACAAUGAUUGAUGUAAACGAUGUGCACUCAUUAAAGAAAC